UACGAGUACUGGUAUUACACCAAAGUGAUCUGUUCAGCCACACUUUUAUACCAAGCCAAGUUACUACCAGGUUUCAAUUAAUUCAAAUGAUACGAAAGCUUUUGCUAUCAGUUGCAAUUACGCCUGAUACCUGCUUGGAGAGAUUUUUCAGUCUUUCUUCAGCGAUUGUUGUGAUCAGUGGUGUACUGAUCGCCAAGCAGCGUAAAUCUAUUUAAAAUAUAAACACUUUUUAGCACAACACGUUAAUCAUGAUUUCGUUGGCGGAGUUGAAAAAACUCACAAUUGUGCAUUUAGGCAUAGCCGUAACCUUCUUUAUAUCGGGUUUGGUGAUAAAUUUGGUGCAGCUAAUAUUGUAUAUCUUUUUGAAACCCUUCAACGUCGUGCUCUUCAGACACAUCAUGUACUAUCUCUGUUAUUCAUUGUACUCUCAGUUGAUAUUCAUUGCCGAAUGGUACUCAAAUAGUACACUACAUUUAUACAUCGAUCCAGAGGAAUUAGAAAAAUUCUGUGGCGAGGAGCAUGCUAUGAUUAUUCAGAAUCAUUCAUAUGAAAUUGAUUGGCUAUGCGGUUGGAUGUUCGCCGACAAAGUACAUUGUUUGGGCAAUUGCAAAGCAUAUGCAAAGAAAGCUAUUUCUUAUGCGCCUGUAAUGGGUUGGGCAUGGAAAUUCGCUGAAUUUGUAUUUUUGGAACGUUCGUAUGACAAGGACAUUGAAAUAAUUUCACGUCAAUUAAAAGAGGUAUUUGCUUAUCCUGAUCCCAUAUGGCUGCUGCUCAAUGCUGAGGGUACACGUUUCACACCAAAGAAACAUGAAGCUUCCGUUAAAUUCGCGGAGGAGCGUGGUUUACCUGUAUUGAAACACCAUUUGAUACCACGUACAAAAGGUUUUACGACAAGCCUACCAAGCAUGCGUGGUCGCUGUCCCGCCAUUUAUUGCACUACUUUGGCCUUCAGAAAGGAAGCCAAGAAUGCACCGACUAUUUCCACACUGCUCAACGGAUACUCUGUCGAAGGUCAUUUGCAUGCACGUCGUAUUCCAGUUGACAGUGUGCCGGAAAAUGAAAAGGAGGCGGCUGAGUGGUUACAUAAUUUGUAUCGCGAGAAGGAUCGUUUGGUCGAGAGCUUCCACACAACUGGCAAUUUCUUUGAUGCCUCUGGCUUUAAGGAGGUGCCCGUUACUGUUUUAAAAUAUCGCCCAUGCAGUUUAAUCAAUUUUGCUCUCUGGGCUGUAUUCUCGAUAUCGCUUGUACUCUAUUAUUUGAUAUCUUCACUUUUAUCACAAAAUUGGAUCGGUCUUUCGAUUGCUGUGGGCAUACUUGUGGCAUUCUACAUACUAAUGGUUAAGUCAAUCAAUAUGUCGAAAAUCAGCAAAGCUUCAUCCUACGGUUCCGAAUCGAAAGCGGACGCAAAGACGAAGUAAUUGCGUUGAGCUUGCAUGCUUAUACAUACACAUGUAGGUGUGCAUCUCUGCGAGCGAUUACCAAUUACAAGUUUUACAAACAUGAUAACGUAUGUAUAUAGCCAUAAAUUUACUUUCGUAAUACGAGUAUGAGCAGUGUGUUUGUUUCUAAAAUUUGAUGAGUAAAAGGGGACAAAGUACAACAAAAUUUUUAAUUCGUGUUUCCCAUUACCUGCACUACAUGUAAAAGUGUCCAUACUUACAUGUACUUACUAGUAAUGUUAGUGGACAGCCAAUCACAAUUAUUUAACAUCGUGAUUAUAAUAUUGUGAUCAUAAAUAAUUACUGCUGACCGAUAAACAGCAUAUAUUUGUUGUUUGUGGGCUUUAAGCCAUUGGCAAAUGACCGUCAAUAUCACAAUUUAUACUGUGGUUGCCGAAAAUAGUGUUAAAAGAUCUUAACAUUUAUAUAGCUUUAGAAAUCGACCAAAACUGUGUAAUUGACUAAGUUUCCAUUUGCGAAUACUUUUACAUUUAUAUAUAAACGGACUAAUUAGAAAAGCACAUACGAGCACUUGUUCAUUUUUUAGACUGCUGAAUGAUAUUGAAAUAAAGCGCAAGGAUACGUGUUUUAACCUUAAACCUAA